CUACUAGAAUUUCAGCUAACUUUGGAUUGGAGGGAUUUAUAUUAUAUUAAUUUCAAGUUUUUUUUUUAUUUGAUUCGUGACGCCUAUAAAUAGAGAGCUUUGCCUUAACUUUUUUAUCAAUCAACUAAGCUUGUUUUCAGUAGAUUUUAAGAUUUGCAUUGAGCUUUUUGCAUAAGUGAGGUUUGAGUAUGGGGAGCUGUAGGGUUAUUGGCGCUGCGUUCUUGGUUUUGCUGCUUGUAGAUUUAGCUUUUGCUGCUAGGUCAUUUAAGGCUGUAGGAAAGGGAGGUGGUGCUGGAGGAGGAGGAGGAGGAGGAAGUGGUGCAGGUGGUGCCAAUGGUUUAGGCUCAGGUUCUGGAUAUGGUUCAGGGUAUGGUUCCGGAAGUGGCUCAGGAUAUGGUUCGGGAGCUUAUGGUAGUGGAGGAGGUGGAGGGGGUGGUGGGGGCGGUGGUGGAGGUGGAGGUGGUGGCAGCUCCGGAUCUGGUAGUGGGUCUGGAUAUGGGUCAGGAUCUGGAUCAGGGUAUGGGUCUGGUGGUGGGAUAGGAGGAGGUGGUGGUGGUGGUGGUGGUAGAGGAGGUGGUGGUGGUGGCAAUGGGGGAGGGUCAGGAUAUGGGUCCGGUUCCGGAUACGGAAGUGGGUCUGGAUACGGAAGUGGUGGUGGUAGAGGAGGAGGAGGAGGUGGUGGCAGUGGAGGUGGAGGUGGAGGAGGAGGUGGUGGAGGCAAUGGUUCAGGUUAUGGAAGUGGUUCAGGAUAUGGAAGUGGGUCAGGUUAUGGUAGUAGUGGAGAUGAUGAUUACUCACCAUAAAUUCAAACUUCUUACUUAGUUAGCAAUGCAUUCAAACAUUUAGGAUUUUCCAAUUUUCCGAAUAAAAGUUCUAUGUCUACCUAUCACUAUUUCUAAAGGACUUGUACUCUUUUGUAUGGAAUUCUAAAUGUUGGUUAUUUCAAAUAAGACAAAAUUUUAUCUUUUAAA